GCCAGAGGCUCCUCAAAGGCCUCGACCGGAAGUCUAUUUGCGAUAUAAUUGGCCAUCUAGCUCAUAGGCAGGCAUCGAUUAUGAAGUUAUCAUAUCAAUCGGAACCGCAACCUGUCAUUACAACUCCGCUUUAACCUCCAUACCGUCGUCACAACUUCCACCCCAGUCAAAAUGGGCACAGCGUCUAGCUUCGCCAAGACCAUCAUCAUCCCAGCGGCGAUUUCCCUAGCAUUCUAUGUUCUCUUGUCUUUUUUGAUAAUCCCCUUUUUCCGUCGCUAUCACCAACGCUACUCGCAAUACCUUCCCUUACAUACCAUCUCCGCACAUACCUCUACCCUCCGGGACCGCAUAGCGGAUGCCAUGAUGCGUCUAUUCCUACCGUCAGCAUGGCGACAACAAGCACGGUUUGAUGAACAGCACGAUAACAUUAGUAUCUUUGACGAGGAAGGAGAGAUCAUGGUUGGGAUGGAUGUGGAUCCUGCGCGAAGGGAGGCUUUGGAACGACGACGCAGUACUGUCGCAGAAGCGGAAAGUCGACUAAGUCGAGAAUUGGAGGAAGGGUUUAUGGACGACAGUGAUGAAGAGGUAGAUAGCCGACGGGGUUCGAGAGCACGCUGAAUUAUUUCGUAGAUAAUUGUGGGUUCGUAUGGCGUUUAGGAAGGUUGAUGAAAGAGUGACCAUGUCCGUUGCAUCAACUAUCAUCUCCCCAGCGGUGGCAAUUGAUUUCAUACCAAAAGCUAGCCUUGUAAGAAGCGGUGCCCGUACCUGCCAGAAACAACUUAAGUUAGGUCUUAUCGGAGCUGCAGUUUCUUUCCAAUGACGCCACAGCAUACCAUUCAGGUUAUUGC